ACACAGAGUCGGCUCUUAGAUCCGGAUCGUUGGGAAAAGACCCAUCAUCAUCUCCCUGCUCUCCUCUCACGGUAACCGGGACGCAGCCAGGGCAAAGCUCCGGUAACGGGAACGGAUUUAUUCGCUGAAUGCUCUCCGGGGACGAUGGCACCUCGUGACGUCAGACAACGGUUGUCUAAAUUAGCCCAAAAGAACGGAAAGCGAUGUGUUCGUGUGGCGGGAAACCCGGCUGUGUUUGUUGUGUUAUGUUAGCCGUUAGCCGCUGAAGCUAACGAGCUGUUAACGGUUAACGGGAGGAGACAGCUCACCGGGGAAAUGUUCCGGUGAAUCUACCGGGACUCACAUGAUGGACGGAGGGAAACGGAGCCGUUAAAAGAGUGUUAGCCGGCACCAGGCCUGCGUUGCAGAUCCGAGAGUUGUUGUUGUUUCUCUCAGGAAUUAACUAAGUACUGAAGUACCAUUUACAGCUACUUCUACUCCUCUACAGUUCAGAGAGAGCUGGAGACCGGAGGCGGGGCCUAAGGGAAAACUCAACUGCGCAUGCUCAGUGGGCCCACAUCCGGGUCCUUUCUGGAUCUACAGUCGCUCCAUUUCUGGCUUCAUGCAGCACUGAUCAACUUCACAGGACUGAACGAGGCUGGGUCCAGCUCUCUUUUUACAGCCGUGAUGAGCACACUUCCACCCCUCCUCGUUUCCUUUCCUUCCCCCCUUCCUCCCUCGCUGCAGCAGGAAUAAGGAGCUUCUUCAUCUUCAUCUUCUUCCAUGAUCACAAUGGCCCUGAACCCGCAGUUCCCAGAAAACUCCUAUAAAAUGACCGAGGAGGACGUGAAGAGGCUGAUCGAGCUCAGGGCGUCCAACGAGGCGCUGUUCACUGGGAAGAGGAACUCUGCCAAGUUAGCGUGGAGCACCAUCCUGAAGGGUCUCGGUCUGGAGGGGAAGCUGACGCCCGACCAGAUCGCCAAGAAGUGGGACAACCUGCGGACUAAAUACAAGGACCUGAAGCAGCCGUACCAGGGUCAGGACAGCCUGGGGGGGGGCGGUGGAGUCGUGGCCCUGGUUCCACAUCAUGGACGAGGCGAUGCACGGACGCCUCUUCAACAGCAGCUUGGUGCUCAGCCUGGACGGGACCCACAGCCAGACCCAGAACCAGAGUCAGAACCAGAGCCACAACCAGACCCAGACCCAGAGCCACAACCAGACCCAGAACCAGAACCAGAACCAGAACCAGAGCCAGAACCAGAGCCAGAGCCAGAACCAGAGCCAGAGCCAGAGCCAGAGCCAGAGCCAGAGCCAGGAGAACACCGACAUCUUGGAGUUCCUCAUCAAGACGGAGAUGGAGGACACGGUGGCACAGGAAGCAGCAGUGCAUGAUGGGACGCUGCACGAGGACGCUGCUCCCACUGAGGGGGUGCCGAUGGGCUGGAGGAGGAUGAGUGAGUGCUCUUACAAAAUGUCUGAAACGGAAACGGAGAGGAUGAUUAAACUUCGAGCGGCAAACGAGGCUCUGUUCACCGGCAGGAAACACUCCGCCAAACCGGCCUGGAGAGCCAUCCUGUACGAGCUGGGUCUUCAGGGGAAGCUGACCACCGAGCAGCUGGCCAAGAAGUGGGACAACCUGAAGAGGAGGUACAAGGAGCUGAAGUUCCCCGCCCGCGGCGUGGAGACCAACCCCUCCUCCUGGCCCUGGUUCUACCGCAUGAACGACGCCAUGGAGGGCCGCUUCACGGGAACCGCGCCCGUCCUCACGCCCAUCGUGGAGGACGAGGACGAGGACAUGGAGCCGCUGUCGCCCGUGCCGAGGAAACGAGCGCGAAGGAGCCGGGGCGGCAUGGCCGAGUUCCUCACUGAGUCUGAGAUGGACCUGCUGGUGGAGCAAGACGACAAGAGCGGGUCCACGGCGCUGGGAGACCUGCAGAGGAUGGCCGAGUUCACAUACAAGUUGACAGAAGAAGACAUCCGGAGGCUGAUUGAGCUGCGAUCUUCAAACGAGUCUCUGUUCACCGGCAGGAGGAACACGGCCAAGCCUGCAUGGAGGGGCAUAGUGAAGGAGAUGGGUCUGACGGGGAAGAUCACUCCGGAUCAGGUGGCCAAGAAGUGGGACAACCUGAAGACCAAAUUCAAGGACCUGAAGUUCCCUCCGCGGGGCAUGGAGGGCCAGACGCCUCCCGCCUCCUGGCCCUGGUUCUCCCUGAUGGGUGACGCUCUGGAGGGCCGUCUGGCAGGGAAGGCUGCCCGGGUGACGCCGGUGUGGAGCAGCGAGGAGGACGCCAUCUUUGUUUCCUCCCCCCUACCUCCCCCUCCUCCCCCCCCCGAGAGGGAGUGCCUGCUGGAGGGGAGGGGCAGCGUGUCCGAGCUGGAGUCCAUGGCGGGGGGCGACGCCGCCGAGGCCGAUGGGAACGUGACGUACAUCGACGCCAGCGGAGAGGAGUGCUCCACGCCCUCAGAAAACUCCUAUAAAAUGACGGACCAGGACACGAGGAAGAUGAUCAGACUGAGAGCCGCUAACGAGGCGCUGUUCACCGGCAGGAGGAACGCUGCUAAGGCUGCAUGGAAGGCUAUCAUCAGGGAGAUCGGGCUGCAGGGGAAAGUCUCGACCUAUCAGAUGGCCAAGAAAUGGGACAAUCUGAAGAGGAGAUACAAGGACCUAAAGUACCCUCCUGUUGGGAUGGAGAACAUGUCGGACAGCGCCUCCUCCUGGCCGUGGUUCCAGUUGAUGAACGACGCCAUGGAGGGCCGUCUGACGAGCAGUGCCCCCCUCCUCACCCCCGUAACCCAUGACGACGACAACCAUCCCUCCCCCAAACAUCGCCCUCGCUCCUCCCUUCCUCCCCUUCCUCUUCCUCCUCCUCUUCCUCAAUCCUCCACAGACUUCGUAGAUGAGGCGUUUGGUGGCGACGAUGGAGGCGACUCUGGGGCGAACGAGGCUCAGCUGGGGGGCCUGGAGAGAGAGUGGGAGAUGGUGGAGAGAGAGAGGGAGGCGCUGGAGAGAGAGAGGGAGAUGGUGGAGAGAGAGAGAGCGACGGUGGAGAGAGAGAGAGCGACCGUGGAGAGAGAGAGAGCGACGGUGCAGACGGAGAGACUGUGGCUGGAGAGAGAGAGGGAGACGCUCGGGCGAGAGAGAGAGGCGCUGGAUCAGAGGGCGCUGAUGAUGAACUCUGUGGGGCAUUCAGGACACCUCAACGCCCUCAUGUAGAGCGCAAAGAGACGUAAAGACAUAAACAGGCCAGGUGGAAAGAGACUUAAAGAGGACAUAAAGAAGCCCGGUGUAAAAAGGACAUAUAGAGGACGUCAAGAGAUGAACUCUGUGGUGCAUUCAGGACACCUCAACGCCCUCAUGUAGAGCAGAAAGAGACAUAUAGAGGACGUCAAGAGAUGAACUCUGUGGUGCAUUCAGGACACCUCAACGCCCUCAUGUAGAGCAGAAAGAGACCUAUAGAGGACGCUCGGGGCAUGUAGAGCGAAUAGCUGCUUGGUCCUACAGUGGAGAUCAGCUGGGGCAAAGCAGCGAGCUCUGGGACAUUAAGCUGCAGGAUGUAGAGGGACGAGCUCCACCGAUGACUAGAGGAUAGCUCUGGAGCAUGUAGAGCAAAGAGCGACGGGGACAUAACCACGAGCUCUCGGGACAUAACCACGAGCUCUCGGGACAUAACCACGAGCUCUCGGGACAUAACCACGAGCUCUCGGGACAUAGCGACGAGCUCUAGGAAGAGAGGACGUCUCAAGGGAACGUAGAGCGACGAGCCCCAGGAAGAGAGGACGUCUCGAGGGAACGUAGAGCGACGAGCCCCAGGAAGAGAGGACGUCUCGAGGGAACGUAGAGCGACGAGCCCCAGGAAGAGAGGACGUCUCGAGGGAACGUAGAGCGACGAGCCCCAGGAAGAGAAGACGUCUCGAGGGAACGUAGAGCGACGAGCCCCAGGAAGAGAAGACGUCUCGAGGGAACGUAGAGCGACGAAGGACAAAUAUUCAAUUCCUCUGAAGACGUGGAGCUAAGGGGUUGUAGAGCGUCCCUGCAGUAUAUGUUGGGACAUUUACACAAUUAGCAUUAUUUAGCAUAUGCAGACAAUAGUUAAACAAUUUCUUGGCAGAUUUGGACAGUUUUGAGUCCAUUGCUGACGUUUUAACCAGAAAGUGGCCAUAUUUGUACUUUUUAAGCAGAUUUUGACGUAUUUUGGUUUGAUUUGAAAGUUUUAGGCCACUCAAAACUGCUAUUAGUGAUCCUUAAAAUAUCCGACAUUGAUUCAACAUCGUCAAUAACUUCCUAAAAAAAAAAAGCCAAAUCGGCCACGCCAUCUUUUUGCUAUCGUCUCCAUAUGCUUACUAAUUAACGCAACUUGUGCUAAUUGUGUAAAAUCCAGCGGUUUCUACGAUCUGGAGACCCUACUCUACAUUUCUAACGUAACACAGCAGACGUAGAGUAUCUGAACGGGAGAGCUGCACACUUUUAAAUAUUCAUCAUCCUUCCCUCUGAGGUAGGAGUUGUAGUUUUGAGGCCGGUUAGCGACGUCACUGAGUAUUAAGGGCCAUUCAGGGAGAAAUGAAGGUGAGUCGGCAGAGGAGGUUCAUAUGCAAGAUUUAAAUGAACAUUUUCUGUGAUUAAAGUUACGAAAGCAGCCGUACAUUUACCAGAUUUAAGUCGUUAGCUUCGAGGUUUUCUGGUAAAUCUACAAGAUCAAAAAGAACAAAUCUUCUCUGAGAUUAUAUAUAGAUUAUAACUCCUCCCUAAAACAUAUUUUAAUGUGGAUCGUUCGUGUGGUGUUUCUUUACUCUAACACCACACGAACAGAUUAUUUUACCCCUCAUUUUAAUUAUAAUUGUGCAGCUCUACCCGUUGAUUCGCUCUGCGUAGACCCUCGCUCAUGUAAAGCCACUUUGGACCCUCGAUGAAUAUGAAACUCUGAUCUCUGGAUUUAUUUGGGCGUCCCAUCGUAAGAGUUUCCUAUUGAUUUACAAUUUUUUUUAAUCAUUUCUAUCCAAGCGUUGACGCUGGACGGAGCGAGAGCGAAGCGUCAGGACGAUAAAUAUCGACGAAGAAUGUUCUGCAUCGGCUUCCACUUCCUGUUUCCUCCAGAGACUCAAGACUGAAUCAGUUGUUGGUUUUUCUCUCGCGCGAUUUGUACGAACUGAAAUGAGAUUAAAAAGUUUCAUUAUCACUUUAA